UAUUCGUGGGCAGAAGCAACAAGGUAGGUGGAAUUAGGGUUUUGUUAUUAAGUAUAUAAAGUGCAAACUUGCAGCAGCUACUGUACAUUCAACAUGAAGCUCUUGGUCUUGGCUUUGUUCGUUGUUGGCGCCUAUGGAUGUGGGCGGCCCACUUACCCACCCAUUGUGAGCAGGGUGGUUGGAGGUGAUGAUGUUAGGGCUAACAGCUGGCCCUGGCAGAUCUCUCUCCAGUACCAGAGCUCGUCCAACUUCUACCACACCUGUGGAGGAACCCUGAUUGCUAACCAGUGGGUUCUUACUGCAGCUCACUGCAUCAGCAGCAGUCUAACCUACAGAGUAUAUCUGGGCAAGCACAGCCUGAACACUGCCAAUGAGGCGGGCUCCAUUGUACUGGGUGUUCAGAAGAUCUUUGUCCAUCCACAGUGGGACUCCCAGAGAAUCAGGAAUGACAUUGCCUUGAUCAAGCUGGCGAGCCCUGUGCAGUAUUCCAGCAAAAUCACGCCUGCCUGUUUGCCUGCGGAUGGACUGGUGCUGCCCAAUGGCUACUCCUGCUAUGUCACUGGCUGGGGCCGUCUUUGGACUGGAGGUCCCAUUGCAGAUAUCCUGCAGCAGGCUCUGCUCCCCAUAGUUAGCCAUGAUAUCUGCAGUAGGUCUGACUGGUGGGGCUCACUGGUCACUACUCAAAUGGUGUGUGCUGGAGGAGAUGGUCAGCUGGCCAGCUGCAAUGGUGACUCUGGUGGCCCUCUGAACUGUCAGAGAUCUGAUGGCGCCUGGAUGGUUUACGGUGUGGUAAGCUUCGGCUCCAGUCUGGGCUGCAACUACUACAAGAAGCCUUCCGUUUUCACACGUGUUUCUGCCUACAUCCCCUGGAUCAACAAUGUAAUAACUGCAAAUUAAACUGGAGUGCUUCAUCAGCAAAUAAAAAUAUCAGCUCAAUAAAAGAGAUUACUUGCA